AUGGACGCUUUUCUCAAUUUAAAUCAUCGUCUCCACUCACUUGUUCACUAUCAUUUACAUAAAAAAAUCAAUCUAAUUCGUAUACAUCGGUUUGAACAUCUUCUCGCUCGUUUUCGUGAAACACUAACAACAAUUCAAUGUGAUGACAAACAGCUAGCAAAAGUAUUUUUACUAACAUAUCCACAACUGAAAUCACUGACAAUUCUACACGCACCACCACGGACACAAGCAAAUUAUUUAACAUUUAUACCAACGUUAACAACUAAACUGUCAACACUGAAACUGCUUCAUGUUAAAUUUGCUGAAUGUGAACGAGUAACUGAUUCGUUAUUACCAGCGAAUGUAGUGAAUAUGAAAGUAUCAUCCUAUUUAAAACAGUUUCAUCUCAGCGCAGAACGUGAAAUUAAUUACGAUCAAAUUGAAUCAUUAGUGAAACGGUUUUCUCAAUCAUUAGAAAUAUUAACAUUGAAUAUGACAAUGUUGAGUCGCGUUAAUGCUGAAAUGGUAGAUGGAAAUCGACUGCUUCAAAAUUUGACCUGGUAUGCAAAUCUGCCUGACUACAAUUACUUUAAACAGCUUCGACUACUCUUUCCAAAUGUCAAAUAUUUAAACUUUUUUAUUGAUGAUCACGUGAAAUUGAAUGAAUUACGUAAACAAAUGGAAGGUGAUGAAGAAUUAAGUCUCAUUGGAAAAGAAGUGGAGAAGUGUUCUUUUUGGACAGCUAGGGACGAUCACGAAGGAGGAAACUGUAUAUUAUAUUUUCGACAUUUUAUUGCUGAUAUUCAUCGUCAACUAGUCGAACUUCCCUUUUAUUGCAGACCAUUUACAGUUUAUGGAACACAAAUGAUGCGGAUAGAAGAACUGAAAAACCUCCAGAAGAACAUCGGCGAAAUUGCAUCAAUAAAAACAUUCUUUUCUGGUACUAUGUGUAGUCAGACAGUUCUAUCAAAUGCUGUUACAACGAACAUCAAUCCAUUAUGCAAAGCUGUCUUGUUCGAAAUUGCCGUCGAUUGCACAUCCGAUACGGCAUCAUUUGGUAAAAUACAAACGGUAGGUGAUCAAGAAAACUAUGGUAUCAUGUUUUCUCCUGGGUCAGUAUUUCGAAUAGAGUCCGUAGCACAAAUACCACCCAGAGGAAUAUUGCAUGUGAAAUUAUCAUUGACUGAUAGACAGUUAAGUAAGGUUAGAGGAUUAUUUGAACGUAUAAGGAAUGAGUUUGCACACCCUCUCACACUUAUAACUUUGGGAAACUUCUUUUGUGAAGUUGGUCAAUUGGAUGAAGCAAUGCGUUAUUAUGAAAUACUGCAUAGUGUAUAUGAGUCUGAUAAUGACGCUAUAGAAAUUAUUAAUUGCAAUAUUGGACUUAUUUAUGAACAUAAAAGUGAUUAUGAAGCAGCUCUGGGACAGUACCACACUGGAUUGAAUAGAACAAUGCAGAGUUCAUCCUCUCAUGAAGCAGAUACUCAACAACGAAUAGCUGACAUUAUACUGAAGCCUCCGUUAAUGAAUCAUUCAUCUUCCUCUAUAUCGUAUUUCAAUCUGGGUUGUGUGUAUUUUUACAAACUUAAUUAUAAAAAAGCAUUAGAAAAUUUUGAACAAGCUUAUGACUACCUAACAAAUGAUAACACAAUCGAAGAAGCCGAUAUUCUGAAUAAUAUCGGUUGUGUGUAUUACAAAAGAAAUGAUUUUCAAAAAGCUCUUCAGUGCUACGAGAAGGCACUUGAUAGAGCAUUAAAAAUCUUGCCAGCAGAAAAUUUAUUGAUUACAUGCUAUCUUAAAAAUAUUUCAACAGUAGUAAAUUCAGUUGACGUAAACAAGUGA